AUGGCGUUUACCAGCGUGGUGACAGCCUACCCUGCACAACCAGUCACUGAUUUAUCAAACGGAACAAUCGGUCUGCAGGCAUUCCCCAGUUUUCAGACGGUCAACAUUCCCCAAUCUAAACAAAUGAGUCUUGUAAAUUCUUCCGAGGCAUCUACAAGCCUGAUUGUGCCCUCUGUCACACCUCCUCCACCACCACCACAACAGCAUACGCCCUACUUUCAGUCAGCUUCGUUACCCAAUGCAUAUUUUACAACGACAAACAGCGCAAACGAUCCCUUCCGAUUUAUUCAUCCGACAUUACAUGCACUGAUAAAUCCAUACACAUCGUUUCGAUCGUCACCUUACCAAAUACCGGUGACCAAUGGACAAUCGACAAGGGCGUGUUUGCUGCCAACUCCAGCCUCGAGGGUGCAAACACCGAGUGCGGAGACAGUUCCCCUGGGAGAAAACAGUGGACUCGGGCGUAACACGGCCAGUGGCGAGGGUCAGUGUGAGUCCGGUACUAUGUCGGAGGAUCAGUUAUCGAUUAAACACAGCACAUCGACGUCCGAAAGCCAAUUUCCACAUCAAAACACGAUAAUACUCAUUGUCCGUUUAUUAAUGUCCGGCAAACGCGGAGAGAAUGUAAAGAAAUAUCGAGAGGAAGAUUUCACACAAGGUUUGCUGAGAAUGGGUGAUGAAGGUUUGACUUGUCCUCCGGUUACACUUCGUUUGCUCGUACCGGCUACUCAAUGCGGCUCAAUAAUUGGGAAAGGCGGCAGCCGAAUCAAAGACGUACGAGAAUCACCAGCUAAGGGACCGGUUAUUCCUUAUCGCCCGAAAUCUGCAUUUGUGAAUCACGCGAUGAUGUGUCCGACUGGUCCCUAUCCAGCAGGUGUGAUGCACACGCCCAUUGCGUACGCUGGAAUCCACGCAGAGAACAACCCGGAACACGCCUACGCAACCUGCACAUCCACUCACGGUAUGGUGAUCAAUUCUCCAGCGCAAAUCAACACCGAACCAUCGACUCCGAUCCCCUCGUCAGUGGGUCAGCCUAUGCUGGGAACCAUUGGCAUUUCUCAGCCGAAAAUUGUUACAGUCGAUGGAAACAUGAACGCUGCGUUCAGCGCGUCGACCGAUUCACCAACAACCGCAGGGAACGCUCUCAAUCCUGGCCGACCGAAUCUGGUCGGUGAUCUGCUUGCAGAUCCUUCGCAACUCACAAACGCCUUGAGCUUUUCCGAUUUCUCCAACAAUCCGGUUUCUCUACUGAAUGCCAUCCAUUCAAAUCAUCUGGCCACAAACAGCCUACCCAAUCCCAUCCUGAACCCAAUCGCCCCAGGAUUUGCAUUUCCUGAAUUAUCUCUAAACCCGCGAUUAUUGGGAUUUUAUAAUCCACAACCGAUUGCCGUUCCACACCCGAACGGUACGGAUGUCAGUGAUGAAGCGACUGAUCCAAGACAACCAAAUGGGGCUUUCCUGCCCGAUCUUUAUGCAAAUAACCCUUUGCUGUCGUUGAUUCAUUCGAAUGGAUACUUACAGUCGACAGGAAUGCUUAGUCCCGUGCCACCCAGUCCGGUUCCAAUUCUGCAAAAUAAAUCGUCUAUUCUUGGUUUACCCGCGUUUCCAUUGCAACCGACACUUUUAAGCUCAUCCAGUGGUCUUCCAGCCUGCCCCGAGGAUACAAACGUAAUCAAAGAAAUUGUGCUGUCGAACGAUCUGAUUGGUUGUAUCAUUGGACGUGGGGGUACGACAGUAAAUGAAAUUCGGAACAUUUCCAAAGCCCAGGUGAAAAUUUCUAACUGUGAGGAUGGUGCAAAGGAUCGCAAAGUAACCUUAUCAGGUUCACCACAUGCGGUUAACUUGGCACAUUUUCUCAUCAUUAACAGUGUCGCAGCUCAUCAGCAAAUGUGGUCAUUCAAUGUUCAACUUGCAUCAGCUGCAACACUCCUGAUGACGCAAUCUCGUGCGCCAAGCGAUUCCACGGAAAGUAUCAAAAUCCCCUGGCCUGCUUUGAAUAUUGCCCCGAAGACCGACGUGAGUGAACACGAGUGGGAACCGGAAGCCUCUUCAAACUGCCCAAAUCACAAAAGGGAUGUAUCGCAAAAUGCGUAUGAAAAUCUGGCAGACAUUCCCCGUUCCGUUCCUGAUAUAGUAGAUUCGAAUCCCGCUAAUCUGAAACAGCAUGCGCUUCAUAUCAAAAUGACUUCGUGCAAACCAAGUGAAUUUAAACAGAAAGGCCGCUCAAAAAUAGCACCUUAUUGA